AUGUUCGGCCUAAUCACCACCCUCACCCUCCUCCUCACCACCGCCCUCGCCGCUCCCACAACCACCACCACCACACACCACACCUCAGACCUCCAAUGCCGCUGCCUCACCUUCUCCACCAGCGCCGCACCCACGCACUGCCCCUACCAAGAACUCCUCACCCUCGACUGGGACGCCGCCUUCUCCCUCGCCACGGCAAAUGACCUCAAGAUCCAGUUCGCCAGCGACACCACCAUUGCCGAGAUCCUCGCCAUCCCCACACCCGUGGACUCGGCCAUUCUGGAUGCCAUCCAGCAGGGCAAGACGCUCCCGCUGGACCCGGCCCAGCAGGUGCGCAGUGAGAACCGCAUGAUUUGCGGGUUUGAAGACGAUGUCGACAGGGUGGAGCGGUGCGACAAUGGCAUGAGUGUAGAGGUGCAUUAUGUAGGCACCGUCGUGGGACUGUUUAUGCUUUUCUUUGUGUGUUAUCUUGUUGCCGAGUAUCUCUGGACUGUAUGCUUUGCGAGGACACGGGGCAUCCGACUCGAGGGAGAAGAGAGGGCGUUGACGGUCGAGUGUGAUGAAUUGAUGGCAGACCAGAGGUGA